UUCCUGCUUCCACAGUCUUCUUGUGAUAAAUCUCACCGCUAUUGCUCCUGCAAGGAAAUUGAAACUCAAAGGGCAGGCCGAAAUUAAACAACCCGUUCAAAGACGACGCGAUGCAGCGUAGAGGAUUCGAAAAACCCAGAUACUGUAAAUGAGCGUAAAUGACGGAAAGGUUGGCUACGUGGCUUGCCAGCUAGCGAGCAACCGAGCGAUAGCUAAUUCGAUUUCACUGUAACGUAUGUCCGCUAGCCUAAUGUUAGCUGUCUUUUUUUGCUAAAAUAAGCUGUCUCGCUAGCUGUUGUGCUAACUGCUGUCGUUUAUAGUUUUGCUGACUGUGUUUAGCAAUUGGGGUAGUAAGUCACUCCCUAACAUCUAGACUAGUUAACAAAGAACUAUCAUAUGCAACUCGACCGCUAACCGUUCAUGUAUAUGGUGUUAAAAUUUGUAGCGCAUUAAAAUAACGUCCACAUCCUCAGGAGCUUUUUGAAGGUUGGUAGCUUUCAAGCUAGUCAGCUAUAGCAAACAUCCCGAAGGCAUAUUUUUAGUUGUCACAACAAACAGCAAGGAAUCAUGUCAAAAUACACCAGUUUUCCAGAUCCCAACGAAGAUCAAAACCCAUUCCAGGACCCGUCUGUGACCCAGCACAGCAGCACCACGGGCUAUGCCACCCUGGAUCUGUACAACCCCUUUGACAACAAGAACGGGCAACAACCCCCUCCGUAUGAGGCCACAACUCCGACGGCGCCCCCACCGGCCCAGACGCCCCCCAGUCGAACGACACCCACCGAGCCGCGCAACUAUGGCACCUCCUACAACACCCAGAACGAGGAGACUAGUUCUGCCUCGGGCGCGUAUGUCCCUCCUAUUCUGCAAUCAACAGACAGUCCACCUGCUGAAGAUCCUCAAACGGCGGUGAACGCCACCACGGCGGAGCUGUUGAAGAAGCAGGAGGAGUUGGAGCGUCGGGCUCGCGAGCUGGAGAGGAGGGAGAGGGAGCUGGAUGCUCAUGCCCUGGGACCCGGAGGAGUGCGCCAGAAUAACUGGCCCCCGCUGCCGUCCUUCUGUCCUGUGGGGCCCUGCUUCUACCAGGACAUCAGCGUGGAGAUCAGCCAGAACUUCCAGCGCACCGUCACCAUCAUGUACUACUACUGGAUGUUCACGGCGGUCACCCUGCUGGUCAACAUGAUCUCCUGCAUGAUCUACUUCUGUGCGGACGUGACCAACGGCGUGGGGCUGGGCCUGGCCAUCCUCUGGUUCAUCCUCUUCACGCCCUGCUCCUUUGUCUGCUGGUACAGGCCCGUCUACAAAGCCUUCAGGAGUGACAGCUCUUUCCAGUUCUUCUCCUUCUUCUUCAUCUUCUUCGCCCAGGUGGGCUUCUACAUCAUCAUGACCAUCGGCAUCCCCGGCUGGGGCUUCAGUGGCUGGAUCGUGGCUCUGUCUGCCCUGAAGGUCAACGUUGGCGUGGGCGUCAUCAUGCUGCUCACCGCCGUGCUCUUCACCGCCCAGGCCGCCAUGGGGGUGGUCAUGCUGAAGAAGGUGCACUCCCUCUACAGGCAGACUGGCGCCAGUUUCGAGAAGGCCCAGGCCGAGUUUGCCACCGGUGUGCUUUCCAACCAGGCAGUGCGAAAUGCAGCCGCCAGCGCCACCGCCUCUGCUGCCCAGGGGGCCUUCACUGGGGCACGAUAGAGAGAGGACGGAGAUGGAGAGAGAGCAAGUGGGAGGGGAUGCGAGGAGUAGGGGCCGAGGAGGAGGAGGAGGAGGAGGAAGAUGAUGGGGAGCGGUCUGGGUUUAGGUGGUGUGUCCUUGGGUGGCUACUAGUCUUAAAGUCUUCACAGACAUGGUGGCCUCAUCGGUUGUUGUGGACAAACGAUUGUGUGUGUGUGUGUGUGUGUGCGUGCCUGUAUGCCUGUAUGCACCUGUGUGCGUGUGUGCCUGUAUGCACCUGUGUGUGUGCGUGUGUGCCUGUAUGCACCUGUGUGCGCGUGUGCCUGUAUGCACCUGUGUGUGUGCGUGUAAGUGUGUAAGCAAGUGUUGGGUGUGGGUUUGUUUGUGUCAAAGUUGGUAAUGCACGUUGCCCAUUACAGAUAGAUGGCGUAGAGGCAGUAGGAGGAGACUUGUGUCCAUGAUCUGUCCACAUGAGGUUUGCGAGAAAACUGGAUUGUUUUCCCUUUAUAAUGUAUUUACUAUAUACCUAAAGUUUGGGAUAAACACUUCACUCACAGGUCUGUCUGCACAGGUACAUGCGAGUAUCCAAAUAGUAGUAGCGGCAUCAGUAGAUAUUAGCGUUAGUGUUGUGAAUAUGAUUCUUGGGCAACGCUACACGCUCAUGUGGAGACACUGUACCAAUGCUACCCAGGCAUAUAAGUUGGGAAGAGGUGUGUGUGUGCGCGUGUGUGUGUGUGCGUGUGCAUGUAUGUAUGUAUGUAUGUAUGUGUGUGUGUGUGUGUGUGUGUGUGUGUUUUUGUUGUUU